UUUAACAAUAAACGAAUGAAAACUUUGGUAAACCGAUAAUAAAGAAAAAAAGAUAUUUUUUAUCCCAAUUUCCCUAAAUCAUAAAGAAACUUAGGGUUCGUUAUCAUCGCCAUCUCGAUUCUCCUAAAUCAUAAGCGAUGUUAUCUCCGAUUGAGAAUGAGAGAUCCGAAAUUCCUUCCCCUGAGAAGCUGAAGUUAGUGGAGGAGCCAUCCGACGAUGAAUCUAAGUUCUCUAAUUAUGAUUCGGACGAUUGGGAAACUUUGUCAGAUGAUCUUCGACUGUUAGAUGAAGAGUGGGGCAAGAGCGGGGGUUUUGAUGUGGACUUCUCGAAAGUGCGUCACAGAUUUGGUCGCGGAGCUGUUCAUCUCGACGACGACAAUAUGGUUAGCGAGCCUCAUGAGACCAACAGAGAUUUGCUCAACAGGUUGUCCAACAUGGCUAUCUCCUUCUACAACGACAAGACGGGGAUAAAACUGGAACUUGUCAAGGUUUUGAGAGCAAAUUUUCACCCAUCUGCUGCAAUCACACUCUACAUCACGUUUGAAGCCAAUGACCCUUCAGAUGGUAACCAGACUAAACGUUACCAAGCAGUGGUUCGAUACUUGUCCUUUGAUAUCGAAGUUUGCUCUUGCAAUCCUGAACCAUCUUCUUCUUGAAUUCUCUUCUGAAAGUUUUCCACCGGCGAGUUUAUGCAUCUAUCUAUCUAUCUAUCUAGGGGAAGCAAAAGGGCACUAGCAAGUUUCAAUUUGUUCCUUGAACUUCUCUAUUUGAAAUUAAGUUGUAUUUUUAUGCCCAAAUGUUGGUCUCUCGGUGUUUUACUGUUAUUGCGACUAAGUCACUACUCUUUCCAUUAGCUACUUCUAUUAUUAUAUGGAUAAUGUUGUUACACUCCUUCAUUUUUCCUCCCUCAGAGGUUAGGUGCUUAAAUUCUUCACCAGUUCCAGCUGUUUGGCAUUGCUUAGUUAUUAGUUCAUCACAUUGUUUUGGUAGAAAGAAAAUAAAACAACAUUCUUAGAAUCACAAUACA